ACUUAUAGCGCGAACCGUAUCCACAAAUCCUCGAUCUUAUCUUCUUUCGUGGUCUUCCCCAAAAUUUUCAACGUAAUCCUUUUUGUUUCGUUUUACUUCGAUUUCUUGAUUAAUGUUUCAAUUAAGCUGUAGAUCCAUCUAAUUCACGUUCUCUUCUUUCUAUUGAUACCAAUUUUUUUAUAUUUCCCCUUUGUCAACAUAGAUCUAGGGUUAGGGUUAUCGAUCUCCUCACAAUUCACAAACCGUAUAAUUUCGUGAUCCAUCGUUUUCUUCUGCUAUUUAAUCGGUUUUUCGUGAAUAUCCCCUUUAUUUUUCAUGUUAAUUUCAUGUUUUUUCGUACUCGAUUGAGAUCUAGGGUUCUUAUUUUCCGAUCUAUCCAAGGACUUUCCAGAUCUAUAAAUUAACAAAGGGGUUUCUCUUGAUUUGUAUAUAUUUUGUCGAUUCUUAACUAUUCCACUCUUGAUUUGGAGAUUAGGGUUAGGGCUUUUCCUUAUUUGGGGAUUUUCGAUUUUGUUUUCCAGCUUAAGCUCCUGAAAUGCCUAAGAUCCGUAUUUUAUAUUGUUUGAAUCUUGUGGUGACGUUCUGGUUUGGUUCCAUCCUUUGUGCAGUUGGCCUGUAACAUUAUCUGAGCUUGUCCCAUAAAGAGAUUUGUGAAAGAUGGGAUUCAAACGCCCUUUCGAUGAUGAGAUGUUUCAUGAGCUCCCGUUCAAACAUUCUAGACAGCUUGGCUUUAGCGAUAAGUCGAUGCAGUUUGAAGAGUUUAUUCCACGACAUGCAGUUCCGCAGAAACCUCUUUCCACGGUGAAUGAGGGAGAUCUUUCAAACCCUCAAGGAGGUGAAACCUGUGAUGAAGAGUCCAAUUUUGCUUACUAUGGUUUUGACGUGGAUGGUUGUUUCGAUCGGGUCAUGAAAGAUUGCGAGGGAAGCGAAGCAGAUCACUCUCCUCAUUUUGCAAAGUAUUCUGAGCUUGGUCUUGUACCUCCAAGACCAUGUUCUCCUGUUGAGACUCUGUAUUCGUUCCUCUUGGAUCAGCCUGCUAGAAAACAAGUGCCCAUUGGACCAGAUCAUCAAGCAAAAAUCCCUGAAUGGGAAGGUAGCCAUGGGAGCCUAGAAGCUUCAGACACGUCGAAGCUAUCCGGUACAUGUGUCGUACCCAUGUCGGCUUUGGAUACGCCUGCAAAUACGGAUGACAUCGUAGGGAAAGGAAGAGAGUUCUGUGUCUGCCAAGAUAGGGGUUCCAUAAGGUGUGUGCGCCAGCACGUCAAAGAAGCUAGAGAAGAGAUGGUCAAGGUGCUUGGAUUUGAGAAGUUCAGAGACCUGGGUUUCUGUGAAAUGGGAGAUGUGGUUGCACAGAGAUGGAGCGACGAAGAUGCAAUACUUUUCCACGAGGUUGUUUAUUCCAACCCCGUGACGUUAGGUCGGAACUUUUGGAACCACUUGGAAGCUGCAUUCUUUUCUCGAACCAAGCACGAGAUUGUUAGCUUCUACUUCAACGUCUUUGUCCUCAGACGAAGGGCCACCCAGAACAGGUCAUUGAUAUUGGACAUUGAUAGUGAUGAUGAUGAAUGGCAUGGAGGUUAUGGAGGCUCUUUGGGGACUCAAUAUGUCGAGGAAGAUGAAGAAGAGGAAGAAGACUCUGCUAUUGAAUCUCCUCUUCAUCAAGGUACUGACAAAUUUAACGAGAAAGUGCAUCCGUUCCAUCAAGAAGAAGGUGAAGAAGAUGUCAGCGUUAGUGACAAUGAUGAUGUGGAUACCAGAGAAGGUGGUGCUGAACAUGUGGAUAGAUAUUCGGGGUGAAAUGAGGAGAGAUUAAAAGUGGAAGAUGACUCAUAUACGACCUUUGAGCUUGCACAUGAUGCAUUGAACUCUGCAUGGACGAACUGUACAAAGAAAGACGAAACAGGUGUUGGUGAACAUCAGAGGAAGUCGAAGGAAUGUAGUGAUACGAAAGUUCCAACAAAUGGCAAAGAUCUUCAACCAACAAGGAGCAUUAUGGAGGAGAUAUUUGGUCAUGGAUCAUGGGGAAGCAAGUAAGAAACAUCACUCUCAAGUCUCAAGUCUCAAGUCUCAAGUCUCAACAACUUGCAGAGUGCUAAGAGAGCUUUUUUGGGUUAUGGGGUCCUCCAAAUGUUAGAGAGAGAGAGUUUUUAGAAAAUGGAUUUAUGGUGUGGAACCUUGUGAAUGGGCCUCAUGUUUCAGUUUUCUUGGGACUCUCUUGUCUGGAAAUCGUUUAUUACCUAGAAUGUCAGAAUCUCUCUGAUUUGCACUUAGGAUUUUUAUCUCCCUCUGUUACUUUUAAAUUAAUGUUGUACAGGAAGAAGUGUGAAGGCAAAGUGUGUCUUUCCCUUUUUUUUUUA